AUGGAGUAUGCCCAGGAAUCUGGUCUGCCUCAUUCAGAGAGCACUGGUUUAGCUCCAAAGUCCCCUGAGACCAUUUUCCUUGACGGAAGUACGCUGGAAGGGGGUGGGCAGCUUGUCCGAAUCGCUAUCUGUCUCUCAGCAUUGAUAGGUCGUGCCGUGGUCAUUAAGAACAUUCGGGCGAAUCGUCUGGGCAAGACUGGUCUGAAAGGCUCUCACGAGGCUGCGAUCAAAUUGCUGGCUGAAAUCAGUGGCAGUCAAGUCACAAACGUGUUCGUGGGAUCCAAAAGGAUCACAUUCACACCACCGCAAGCCGGAGACAUGGCGAAUCAACGAGUUUCUUUGAAGACUCAACCACGGAAUCGUGGCAGCGUCUCGCUGGUGUCCCUGGAAAGUAUAUCUGUCAAGUCGCAAUACCGAAUCCGAAUGCACACUGCAGGUUCUAUCUGUCUGAUCUUCCAGGCGCUGUACCCAUAUAUGCUACAUGUUGGGAGGAAAGCCACCACCGAGGCCAUCACAAUUAAUAUCGUGGGCGGCACGAAUGGCUCUGGGUGUCCCUCUUACGACUAUGUAUCCCAAGUAGUGAUACCCAAUUUUGCUCGUUUGGGUCUUCCUCCUCUUUCAAUCGGUCUUCACAAACGAGGGUGGACGACCGGACCUCAUUCAAUGGGUGAAAUGAGCUUUGUGAUUCAACCGCUACAAAAAGAUGAGGAGACCUCCUGCAAAGCGCCUUCUGCUUCUCGCUUUCCACAUAUCGACAUGACGAAUCACGAGCGUGGAAGAAUCACCCGCAUCGACAUCACUGUUUUAGCACCGAGUGACACACUUGAGCAAGUGGAUGAGGACGGGUUAGCCCUUACCGUGAUGGACUAUAUCAUCAGAGAGACUCAUCGCCGCCUGCGAAAGGCAUUGAAAACCUUGGACUCCUCUCCCAGUCUGGAACAUUCAGCACGCGAGUCAAACAGAGUGCCUAUCAAAAUAUAUCUGACAGAGCCGACUUUCCACUAUGCCCAGGUUUCCAUCUUGCUUGUUGCUCAUACCGCCAACGGCUUUCGCAUCGGGUGUGAUUCCUUGCUUGGGGAUACUCCCAAAACGAAAGGCGGGAAGAAGAACUCAGAAAAGCAUCAGAUGUUUCCAAGGGGGCAAAGACGAGCUCCCAACAGAAGCAAUGACGAGGCCCAUCUAGAACGGGUCUCGAACAUGAUCGAUAAUUGUGUGAAUGACUUCCUGAAAGAGCUCGCUGAGACGCUUGAUGAUACACGGGUACACGGUGCCCAAGGAGAUGGUGAGCACGACCGGCCUUUGGCCCUCAAACUACCCUGCCUUGAUUCAUAUAUGCGGGACCAGAUCGUUAUAUUCGAGGCGCUCGGACGCCUUGGUCACACCACGGAAGAGGUUCAUGACAAAGUCCUAUCCGAGGAGGCUGAGAUCACGGAGCAUCAGCGAUAUUGGACACUUCAUACAAAGACAGCUCAGUGGGUGUGUGAGCAAAUGCUGUCAGAGAUAUGA